GCGUGCUACCAUGCCCACCUCCACCUCCCGCUGUGCCUUUGGCAACACCUCGACAUCAAAUGAUAUACAUAUCCUCGCUACCACGAGGCUGCCGCACUGACGACUAUCUAGUAUGCGACUGUGAAUUUGAACUAAAUGCUACGCCAUUGUCUCGGAACUUCUCCGCCGGCGUCCUCACGGCGCAGUACAACGGUCGCCGUAGCAGUCGCCGCCAUGCGACAUGCGCUAAGUACAUCUGCUCGCUGUCUUGACAAUAGACGACAAUGUCGUGAAACGCAGCUCGCGCGCGUCCCGAGCAUCGUCUGCACCCGCUCGCUCCCAGUUCCUCACUGAGAGCAAUUAUACUGUCGCUCUUUACUUGCUAUCACACCCAUGGAUUGUAGCCUGUCUCCCU